AGAUUGUAGUAACCCGUAACCCAGUCAGCUGAGAAUUGCAGUGAAUGAGACUAGCAAAGGUCUGAACUUCAAUUCUGUAAGAUCUUGGAAGAUGUGGCUUCUUAUUCACAGACAGUGAAGAGUUCAACACAAACAAAAACCAGGCAGAGCAGCAUGCAGCUACCCGGAGUGUGUUGAUUGAAACUUAGAUUACCCCCAGAUCACUGUUGAUUUGACUGAUGCACCAGCUUUACCAGAGAAAAGAUUUCAAUUAAGGUCCCUUUAGAUGGAAUUUAAUGCGGCAAAAACCUUGUCAUCAGAAGGAUUAAUGCCUGCAUUAGCAUUUCCGCAAUAAAAUCAGAAGCUAAGUGGUGGAGGCCACAGACACCUCAAACCUGGAUUACUCUGCUCUGCAUUAAGUGCUGGAGUUUUUAUUACUUGCUGUAGGGAAGCCGUUGCCAAUGCUUACAAGGAACUGCUUAUCCCUGCUUCUCUGGGUCCUGUUUGAUGGAGGUCUCCUAACGCCACUGCAUCCACAGCCACAACAGACUUUAGAAGCAGAGCCAAGAGAAAAUGUUGUCCCAGUGCCAGGGAGGAGGUCAUCUGCCCAGCGAGUCAAACGAGGCUGGGUGUGGAAUCAAUUUUUUGUGCUGGAGGAGUACAUGGGCUCCGAACCUCAAUAUGUGGGAAAGCUUCAUUCUGAUUUGGACAAGGGAGUGGGCACUGUUAAAUAUACCCUUUCAGGAGAUGGUGCUGGCACUGUUUUUACUAUUGAUGAGACCACAGGAGACAUUCAUGCCAUAAGGAGCCUAGAUCGAGAAGAAAAACCUUUCUACACACUCCGAGCACAGGCUGUGGAUGUUGACACCAAGAAGCCACUAGAGCCUGAAUCAGAGUUCAUCAUCAAAGUGCAGGACAUUAAUGAUAAUGAGCCAAAGUUUCUGGAUGGGCCUUACAUUGCCAGCGUACCAGAAAUGUCUCCAGUGGGUGCAUACGUGCUCCAAGUAAAGGCAACAGAUGCUGAUGAUCCUACCUAUGGAAAUAGUGCCAGAGUGGUGUACAGCAUUCUUCAGGGGCAACCCUAUUUCUCCAUUGAUCCAAAGACAGGUGUGAUAAGAACAGCUUUGCCAAAUAUGGACAGAGAAGUGAAAGAACAAUAUCAAGUUCUUAUCCAAGCCAAGGACAUGGGAGGACAACUGGGAGGACUAGCUGGAACCACAACUGUAAACAUAACUCUCACAGAUGUCAAUGAUAACCCACCCAGAUUUCCUAAGAGUAUCUUUCAUUUGAAAGUGCCCGAGUCCUCUCAUGUUGGUUCUGCUAUUGGAAGAAUCAGAGCUGUGGAUCCUGACUUUGGGGAAAAUGCAGAAAUUGAGUACAACAUAGUUCCAGGAGAUGGAGGUAACUUGUUUGACAUCACAACAGAUGAGAACACCCAGGAAGGAGUCAUCAAACUUAAAAAGCCAUUAGACUUUGAAACAAAAAAGGCAUAUACCUUUAAAGUAGAGGCUUCCAAUCUCCAUCUUGACCAUCGAUUUCACUCAGUGGGUCCAUUCAAAGACACUGCCACUGUCAAGAUAAACGUGUUGGACAUGGAUGAGCCUCCAGUUUUCAGCAAGCCUUUGUAUACAAUGGAGGUGUAUGAGGACACUCCUGUGGGGACAAUCAUAGGGGCAGUGACAGCACAAGACCUCGAUGCUGGCAGCAGUUCGAUUAGAUACUUCAUCGAUUGGAAGAAUGAUGUGGACAACUACUUUACAAUAGAUGCUAAUGAAGGAACCAUUGCUACUAAUGAAUUACUGGACAGAGAAAGCACAGCACAGUACAAUUUCUCUAUAAUUGCAAGUAAAGUUAGCAACCCAUUAUUAACCAGCAAAGUCAACGUUAUAAUAAACGUCCUGGAUGUCAAUGAGUUUCCUCCUGAAAUUUCAGUUCCAUAUGAGACAUCUGUAUGUGAAAAUGCCAAGCCAGGACAGGUAAUACAGACUGUCACUGCCACAGACAAAGAUUUGUCACCAGCUGGGCAAAGGUUUUCCUUCAGACUGUCACCUGAGGCUUCCAACAAACCAAAUUUCACAGUCCAUGACUACAGAAACAACACAGCUGGGAUUGAAACCAGGAGAAAUGGCUACAGCAGGAGGCAGCAAGAGCUGUAUUUUCUUCCAGUGGUAAUAGAAGAUAGCAGUUACCCUGUCCAGAGCAGUACAAACACAAUGACUAUCCGGAUUUGCAGAUGUGAUUCUGAUGGUACUAUCCUGUCCUGCAAUGUGGAAGCAAUCUUCUUGCCAGUAGGCCUCAGUACAGGAGCACUGAUUGCAAUCCUGUUGUGUAUUGUUAUACUUCUAGUCAUUGUAGUACUAUAUGUAGCACUACGGAGGCAGAAGAAAAAGGACACCCUGAUGACCUCUAAAGAAGACAUCAGAGAUAAUGUUAUCCAUUAUGAUGAUGAAGGAGGUGGAGAGGAGGACACCCAAGCUUUCGACAUUGGUGCUCUGAGGAAUCCCAAAGUGAUUGAAGAGAACAAAAUGCGCAGGGACAUAAAACCAGACACCUUGCGUUUUCCACGUCAGAGACCACCAGUGGAAGACAACACAGACAUAAGAGAUUUCAUUAAUCAAAGGCUGCAGGAAAAUGAUGUUGAUCCAACUGCACCCCCUUAUGACUCCUUGGCAACCUAUGCUUAUGAAGGAAAUGGGUCUGUUGCAGAGUCCCUCAGCUCUAUAGAAUCCCUUACUACGGAGGCAGACCAGGAUUACGACUAUCUGAGUGACUGGGGACCUCGUUUUAAGAUCUUGGCAGACAUGUUUGGAGAAGAAGAAAGUUAUAACCCUGAUAAAGUCACUUAAGAACAAAUACAUCAGUGAAAUAAAAAGAAAAGCAAACCAACAACAAAUAAAAAAGAUAAACCUAAGCUUUAUAAUAGGACAGGAUUCCUUUGAUUAUAAAAGACAGCAAUUGUUUCCAGCAAGUUACUACGUUUAUCAUACUGUCAGUUUUUGUUUGAUCUGCAAAGAAGAGAUAAAUCCUGUAAUAUACACAGUUUUUUGUUGUUCUUAUUUUGUUACUCUGGAAUUACACUGAGACAAGCUCAGGCCUACAAGGUACAGUUUACUGAUUGACUUAGAAAGAAGAAACCUUUCUGGCAUCAUGGUGGAAGUGUGGUAGCUUUUUCGUAAUUCCACUAAAGUGCCUAUUGAAACUUUUAUCAUUUAAGUGGUAAAGAGUCUGCUAUGAUGGUGUUACAAAACUGAAUGAGAAUUGGACAUGAACUUUAAGACAAGAAGCAAUAGCAACAUGCUGACUUCUUAUUGAACAAAAAUGGAGAUAACUUCCCGGAGUAUAUCUAAUGAUUAAAACUAAGAGGGAUGUACAUUGUGUUCAGGCAUUAUAUUUGUGGGUUUUUUUAAAGAAGAAAACACUAUGUCAAGGCAUUAUAUUUCUUCUUUUCACUGAAAAUUGAAAUUUAAAAUGCUAUUGCUGACUGAAGAUGUAAAGCCAAAAUUAAAAAGAUUUUAGCGUACAUCAAUGAAUAUUUAAAAGUUCGUGAAAAUAUUUCAUUUUUUUCCAGAAUAAUAAAAGAUGAAAGCAACUACUCCUUUACAUGAAGGAAAUUUCCCUUUUUUAAAAUGUGACUAUUAUUAGAAAAUUAAAUAGAUUUUUUUUUUUUUAAUUUCUGUUUGUUUCUUUGUUUGUUUAGGAAUAUUGUUGUAUUUUUAGUACCACGUCAUUUUUUUUCCCUUGUAAUUAUCACUGAACUAGUACAUGUAAAGAACUCCACAUCCAUUUUCUUUGCAACUAGUUUGUUCGUCUUUGGAUACUGUAGAAAUACAUACUACAGAGAUAAUUAUUUUUUCAACCAAUCACCUGCUACAGUUCACCAUUAUAUUUUAGUGUCAGACCCUUAUUAAAAAUUGAAAUUCUUAUUAUGUGAUUUUGUUCUUCGUAAAAUCAUAGAGUGGUUUGAGUUGUAAGGGACCUUAAAAUCACCUAGCUUCACCCUGUCUGACAUUGGCAGGGACCCCUUCCACUGCAGACUGCUACAAAGACCAAUCCAAUCUGCUCUUGAACACUUCUAUGAAUCGGACAUUCAUGACUUCUCUGGGCAAGUUUUUGGUGCCUCACCAUCCUCAUAUUAAUAAUUUCUUCCUAAUAUGUACUCUAUUUUUUUUUGUUCAAAAUCAUGACACAUUGUCCUAAUGAUAUCUAUUCCUUGACAAAAUAUUAACAGACAGAACAAAAACAUUAGACAGUAUAAUUCUCCAAUUUUUAUGUUCAUACUCAUUUAUAAACAUAGCUGUGCAAAUAACAGAAUUGCAUAUAUUUGCAAGGCGCUGUGCCUUGGAAGAGCACUUGUAAACUAUUUCAUUUAAUUUUUUUUUCUGAGGAUUUAAGAAGUAUACAUUUUCUAAGACAAUGGUUUAUAGCCCCUGAAGUGUAUGUAUCCCUAUAUUCUCCUUCUAAAAUCUCUGCCAUGCUAUACAAUAUGCUCAAGCUCUACUCAUGAUUACUGGCAGCGGCAAGGUGAACCUAAGUCUUUCAGGUCUACAAAUUAGUUUUUGUGCCACUGAAGAAUUAAUAGCUACCAGAUACACUUAGAUCACAUAUCUGAUUAACAUACCCAAAGUACCCUCUACUCUUGUUGAAAUGAAAAGGUAUUACAAAGUUGUAUAAAUCACUCUUCCAAUAGGACUUUAAAAUUCAUGUUGCUUACAUAAAUUUAGAGUUAUAUGGCAAAAUUGGACAGGGUUGCAUUAAAAUCACUGUCAGUGUAGAUUAUACCAGCAGAGAGCAGAGGUGUAACGCAGGACACAUUAAUAGAAAAUGUUUUGUAUUGGUGGGCUUGUGUUUUUCUUUUUCAUUAUUAGUCAAGGUAGUUUAUGUUCCUUGGAUGACAAACUAAGGUAACAAAAUAUCUCACCAAAUAUUAGGGAAGCAGAUGGAUUAGCAAGGCCCAUUUACUACCAUAACAAUUUUAGUUUUGAAGCUGCUGUUUUUAAUUUUUGUGCAUGAUAGCAUAGCAAGAUCAACCACUGCAGAGUAGACCUCAAGCAGAACUCUCAAAAAAAUGUUUACAAAUGUGUAAUCUUAAGAUCAAUUUCUGCUCUUUGUUACUGUAUUAGUCCUUUACAAGUAUUAUGCAAGUAAAAUCAAUGAAAGUAAUACUGAGUGAACAGGAAAGCUCUCAAAGAGCUCAGAGCAUUUGCUGUGAGCAGGACAGUCUGUACGGGAACCUAACAUCUAAAAUGUAAUUUAAUCAUGCUAUUACACAAAAUUCAGAUACAACAGUAGUUGCUUUAUGCUGAAUUACUGACAAAUUGAAUAUCAAAUACGUAUUUUUGACAUUCAAGAGCUUUGUAAUUGAGAUGUUUCAAUCACAUAAUUAAUAAGCCUCCAGGAAGAUUAAAAAAAAAAGGGUUAUAUAAUUACAGAUGCAGUUAUGCUAUAAAAUCUUAAUUAAAAUAUAAGACUUUUUUCAAAGGAUGAUCAAACAAUUUUAAAUUAAAGAAGGUAUUUUUUUUUGUAAACAGAUCUAUGAAACUAAGAAAAAUCUUCACUUUAUAUUCACACAUCAUCUGGGACCCAAUGGAUUUGUGUUUUAUUCCAUGUUCUAUCACUCUCUUUCUAAAAGAUGCAUGCCAGAUUUUAAGACUUUGUUUUUUAAAAGGUAAUUAAACAGAUAUGAAGUUUAUAAGAUUUAAAUAAGAUAUCUGAGAUGACAUGAAGUCAGUGGGGCUAAGAACCCCAGUGCAUUUGUGAAUUGUACUAGGUAUGCACUUUUGUUUUCAAGCACUGUAGCUUUGAAAAAUCCCUAGAAAGACUUGUAUAAUCCGUAUCUCACAGUUGUCUUUCUCUGGACUAUGGAAAGAACCAUAAAAUCUCAUGUUGUAUGAGUAGUGACAGGAAAUUGUUUACAAAAAAGUUUAAAAGGCACUGAAGUGGUAGACUCAAGAAAAAUGCUUUUCAUUCUAAUUUCCAAACAUCAGAUACUGGUGCACAGACAUUUGGCAUCAUCUUAAAUGUCUGAACAGUGCCCCCCUCAAAACACAAAACAUUCUGUAAAAUGCCUUCAAGGAAUCUAGUUUGUAAGAUUACAUUGUGGACAUACAGAACUGAAGACAAAUUUAUAACAAUACUUUGAAAGAAAUCUUAUGUAGGAAAAAAACUUUUGUGUCCUUAAAACAUAAGGAGUUAGAAUAGUUCAGACCAUUUCAUUGAACAUAAAAGAUUAUUAAUACAUGGAUUUAAGUGUGCUACCUCACAAAUCUGAAAAUACUGUUAUUCUUGAAAUGCAGAUUUACAAUAUUGUGAGAUAACAAAGAUUUGGAAAGCAAUGACAGUAGACAAUGUCUGUGGCACAAAGGUCUGUUUGAAUAUUUUAUACUUCCAAAAUUUUUACUUAUACAAAUUUUAUAAGUUUGCUCUGAAUUUUGCUGUUUGAAAAUAAAAUUAGUUGAUGAGGAUUUACUCUGAGUUAUGAAAGCAAAGUUCAUUGAAAGCAAAGAACAACAAAUGAUUCAAAAUAUUAUGGAUAAUAUUAUUCUAGACAAUACUCUGCAAAUGUUUUUGCCUUAACAAUAAGAUGUCAAUUUCCAGAUAAACACAACUGAUCUUUCACAGAAUUAAAAAGUAUCAUUUAGCCAAUGCACUACUUAAAUUUCUCUCCACUACCAUUUUGAAAGAGUUCUUAUGACUGUGUUGUAUUAAGUAACAGAAUGCUAUUAAGUGAAUACAGAAAGAAAAUACAAUAAUAUUUUGGUUUGCUGGCAUUUCAUAUGACGUUAGUGACUGUUUUAUUUGCUGAGAUUUGAGCUUGUAAGUUAUUUACUAUUGUCAUUUUUUUUUUAAAUCAUUAUUAACAUUCCAAUCCGAUGUGUAUAGAAAUAUUUUUGAGCUUUACUAAACUUCGUAAAACAAAUAAUGAAAUAAGCCCUAAAACAACCUUAUAGAAGUGACAUUAACUGUAAAUGAAAAUCAAACUUUAUAUUAAAUCCUUCCAAACCUUCUCCUAAUGGGAAAUCUAUAACAAUCUGAUUCCUUUUCUCUUCUCAUUUAAAUCAAGACAGAACAGGAGAAACAUUUGCUAGUUUCAGCAAAAUUAAGAUAAGCUGUUGGUUGUUGAUGAUUGUUGUUUGUUUGUUUGUUGAUAUUCUGUUUGCUUCAAUUAUAAACCUCCUCUGCAAAACUGCAAUGCUAAACACUUUUGGAAAAAAAAAAAAAAAAAUUGUGGAGUUUACAAAAAUCUAUGUGCAAAAGAGUACAUGAUUAUUAAGCCAAAACUGGAAAAUGUAGCCAGCAUGCUCCACAGGAAAUGUUAGAAUGAAAUCAAGGCACUCUGCAUACUGCCUUUGUCCAUGCUAAUGCUGAGACAUUCAUAGGCAUGUUUUCACUGAAAACAUGUAUAUAUUAAUUAUAUUAAUUAUUAGUUGUAAUAUUUUAUUGAAAAAAUGAUACAAAAUUAUGUCAGUCUAUUUGAGCAACUCUAGACACAGGAACAGGAACUACACUUUCAACAAGAGAUAUGUUUUUAAAAAAACACAUGGAUUUCCUCAAGCAUGGAUGUAAAGCUUCUAAAUUUAAAUAUGACAGACAGGACAAACAAAUGUGAAGAAAAGACACCAAAACAAAUGUGGUAUAGAAUCAGAAAAAUCGUCUCUUUUUUUUAAAGCAUCAGUCAACGUAUUUUGAAUGAAUUUCCAUGAAAAAUAGAAAAAACUAACAAAAAAUUAAAGAAUUUAAUUAGUCAGUAAAAUCCUAUUUUCUAAACAUAUAUUUCUUUCAUAAAACCUACAUUUUCUAAAUUUUGGAAUCAGGCUAGUACAUUCAGGAAAAUAGAGGAAAUAAUUUAGUCGUCUGGAUUUGGUGGCAUCUAAUUUCACUUAUAUUUGUAUAGUUUGUUGAUUUUUUCCCCCCAGUCAUCUUACAGUCAUUUUUGUUAUAGAAGAGUAGGACUGAAAACAAGAAAAAACACAAUGCAUUCAAUCAUGUUUUAUAACAUUUUCAUUCUAGACUGUUAAGUUUUAAAAUCAAAUGUUGAGUAUUUUUAACAAAUAUUGAAAACUGAUUUCAAAGCAUCUCAAGGAAUCCAAAGAAACCAUUUCAUCAUUACUUUGUUUCUAAUAUAAAGACUCAGAAGAAGAUUACUUGGUUUGAUAAGAUGGUGCAAAAACAUUUUAUGGUAGAGAUAGCCUCUGUCCAAAGUAUAAUUAUGUUGUCCUGUGAACAUGUGCUGAAAGAAUAAGAAGGAAUUUAGCAAGACUUCUUGCUGAUUUAAAGCCUUGGUUAACACCACAAAGCAGUCUUUCACCACCUACUUUUUCACUAGCCAGGAGUAAUACCUCUUAUGUCUAACAAUACAUAUGUGGCUGAGCCAGCAUAACUGGCUGGAAAAUGUUAUACAACUAAGAAACUAUGCAAACAGGUUGGGAUACAAACACAGAUCCCAAACUAAGUUAUAGCUAGAUUUAGGUCCUCUUCAGGAACUAUGGUUCAGUUUAUUUUGCAUGCUCCUAUCUGAAAUAAUCUCCAUUUUUACAGAAAAUCUGACAGUGGAUACUUCAGAUACCAAAGCUUUUGAUCUAUGGUCACUGUUAUAUCAUUAUUUAUAUUGGAAAUGCCCACUAGUAUCCUGAAUUAGUAUUAUAUGCUGUUCCGAAAUGUAAGUGAGAGUACUUGUGCUCAUUACUCCUGAUCACUUAAGGGAACUUUCCUAGAUGUAGGCUGCAGCAAUUAAUUUCUUGUCUGACCACUCAACCACUAGUUUACACUUUUGUGAAACAUUUAUUGAAGCACUCAAAAUAGAUCUGCUAUCAUUACAAACCUUGUUGCACUUGGCUUGGUGUUUUAUUUUUUUCCUCUUGCAUCUUCCUUUGAUUAAAUUAUCCUUAUAUCAACCUGUGAGUCUUUUUUAACACCAUAUUUUCUCCUUUCCCACCUCCCUUGGGGAGGUGGAGGAAGAGAACAGUGGUGGUGGAGUUUAGUUGGGCAUUGGCAUGAAAGCGUCACAAUGUUGAAGACAAAUCAUGAUGUCAAAUAUGGCUGGAUGAGAAAUCCAACUAGCAAUGUGGU